CGGCAUGCAUUUUCUCAAUCGAUUGUCGUCAUCACCACUGGAUCGAUCACCAUUGAGCUUCGUUCUUCCGGCACCGAUAAAAAUGGCGAUGGAAAUCGUGGAACCAAACACCUGCAUUAGAGGAUGCUGCACCAGUGAAUCGAUUCCUCUUCACCUCUCUCCUUCUUCCUUCACUCUUCUCUCCCCAAUCGCUAGAGGAUCAGAGAGUGUGGUCUACGAAGCGACCCUCAACGGCAGAAGAGUCGCCGCGAAGAAGCCAAUCUUAUCUACUUCCGAUGACCUAGACAAGUUCCACAAGCAUUUACAGCUCUUAUGCAAUCUUGAUCAUCCAGGUGUGGCUAAGCUAGUGGCAGCACACGCCAAGCCUCCAAAUUACAUGUUUUUCUUUGAGUUCUAUGAGGCUGGGAGCUUAGCUGAGAAGUUACACGUGGAGGAGUGGUCUCCUAGUGUUGAUCAAGUGCUAACGAUCACGCUUCAGUUGGCUAAGGCAUUGCAGUAUCUCCACAAGAAUGGGAUUGUUCAUAGGGAUGUGAAACCAGCUAAUGUUCUUCUUGACGAGAAGCUGUCCCCAUAUCUUGCUGACUUUGGUUUAGCGGAAUACAGGAAGGAUUUGCGAGAAGUUAAUCUACACAACUGGAGAUCGUCUGGGAAGCCAACCGGUGGUUUCCACAAAAAGAAUAUGGUUGGAACACUUAUUUACAUGGCCCCUGAAAUUCUAAGGAAAGAGAUGUAUACUGAGAAAUCAGAUAUCUAUAGCUUUGGGGUUUUAAUCAAUGAGCUUUUAUCUGGAGUUGUUCCAUAUACUGAUCUUCGUGCAGAAGCUCAGGCUCAUACUGUUUUAGAGAUGAAUUACACAGAGCAGCAACUUACAGCUGCCAUUGUGUCUUCUGGUCUUCGAUCUGCUCUUGCUGAAACAGGAUUGCACGUUCCGAAGAGUUUGCUGUCUCUUAUACAAAGUUGCUGGGGAGCGGAUCCUUCUAAGCGGCCUUCUUCAGACGAUGUGGUUGUGGAACUAGAAUCACUUUUGGAACUAGAGAGAGAAAAACAGCAAAGUCAUUUCCUUGAGGCAACUUCUUUCUCCAGGAGUGAUAAAGAUGGGGGUGCAAUUAAAAAAACAAGAGAUUAUGGAGACAACAUUAAUUGGUGCAGUCAAGGGGAGUCUUUAUCCAAGAAAUCGUCUCUUUCCACUGCCCCUGAUCUGAAAUCGUGGUCUAGUUCAACAGAUCACUCUUCAAGAUAUGUCCCUAUAGUUUCCUGCGGAUCUUUUGCAACAUGUGGAAGAAGAGAAUCCAUGGAAGAUACACACUUCCUCAUGCCCCACAUGUGUAAUGAAGAAAACAUCCACUUAUUUGCUAUCUUUGAUGGUCACAGAGGUGCUGCAGCUGCUGAAUUUUCUGCUAAAGCUUUGCCAGGAUUAAUUCAAAGCUUAUCUUCCACAAGCGCUGAAGAGGCACUGUCACAAGCAUUUGUCAGGACUGAUUUAGCUUUCAGAAACGAACUUCACUCCCAUCGACAAACAAACAGAGUGAGUCAGAAAGACUGGCAUCCUGGUUGUACCGCUAUAGCCUCUCUCCUAGUGGACAAUAAGAUUUUCGUUGCGAAUGUUGGUGACUCUAGGGCUAUUUUAUGCCGUGCCGGCAGUCCUUUUGCUCUAAGUAAGGCACAUCUUGCAACCUGCAUUGAAGAAAGAAAUCGUGUGAUUGGAGAAGGUGGACGUAUUGAAUGGCAGGUUGACACAUGGAGAGUUUCUCCUGCUGGUCUUCAGGUUACCCGAUCGAUAGGAGAUGAUGACCUAAAGCCAGCUGUAACCGCAGAACCAGAGAUCAGCGAGACCAUUCUAUCAGCAGAUGAUGAGUUUCUGGUUAUGGCGAGCGACGGGCUCUGGGAUGUUAUGAACGAUGAGGAAGUUAUUGGUAUAAUCAGGGAUACUGUAAAAGAACCUUCAAUGUGUUCCAAGAGAUUAGCAACCGAGGCUGCAGCACGUGGUAGUGGUGAUAACAUCACAGUCAUUGUUGUCUUCCUGCGGCCAGUAUCUACAGCUGAAAGGAUUUACUAGUAGCCAGUUCUUACACAGUAUUAGAUGCAACUUCCUUACAUAUAAAUUAUUUUUCAUGAAACUUGAGAACAACAAGUACAAAGUGUAAUUCUUUCUUUAAAGGAGUAUAUGAACAUGUAAAGCACUGGGAAACUUGAGUGCAUAUAUUCCUGAUUA